CUAGUUCCUGCAUUCUGCUGACCUUUAGCUGUAUGAUAAACGCGGCAGGGCAUUGAGGGUAUCCGACCUUCCACCCCAAAUAUGCCAAAAUUCACAAAAGCAACCUCGUCGAGCUGAAGUCCGUCUCAUUCUGCUUAUCGGGAAGUAAUUGCUGAAAACGGUGGUGUUUUCAAUGAAAACAUGAUGCACUGAUGUGCUUGGCUGUUCCAGAGCUUUGACGAAAGAUUGUGCAUGGGGAGAUUAAUUCUAAAUGGUUGACCUUUCUUUAGCUUACCCAAAUCCUCUACAUGUUCAUGUAAUUCUUCAGAAGACGAGGGCAUGCGAAGGGCAUACCUGUAGCAACCGCCUCCCACCGCAUGCAUGACUACAAGUGCUGGUAAAGACCACGCCCCCAGCGGGGUCAAGGAAGGGGAGGGGCAGGGUCAUGGAGGAGGAGGAAAGAACCAACUGCUCAAGUUGAGGUUUCUGUGUCCAGACGAUGUGUCGGAGGUCAAGAGAUUGUGCGGGGAAUGGUUUCCAGUAGAGUAUCCGGAUUCGUGGUAUCGUGACAUUACAAGCGACCAGAAGUUCUACUCGCUAGCUGCCGAGUCGGCCGGCAAGAUUGUGGGUCUGAUUGUUGCUGAGGUCAAGACCAGGUCACGAUGUCACAGAGAGGACUUCAACAUCUUGUCGGCUACAUUCCCAAACUCAACCCAAGUGGCCUACAUCCUCAGUCUGGGGGUGGUGAAGGAGUACAGGAGAAGAGGCAUCGCAACUGCUCUCCUGGAUCGUCUCAUCUCCUACCUGACCACCAAUGAACGUUCCAACUGCAAAGCUGCCUACCUCCACGUACUAGCCACUAACACCACUGCCAUCAAAUUCUACGAGAAGCAUAACUUCAGGAAGCAUGAGUACCUGCCGUAUUACUACGCCAUCCGAGGCCAGCCCAAAGACGGGCUGUCCUACGUCUUGUACAUCAACGGCGGACAACCACCAUGGACGCUCAUGGACUAUAUGAAGCAGUUUGGCUUGUACCUAUCCAAGAUCCAACCAUGCAAGCUACCCAGCGCCAUGGCUAGCCACACCAGGAGCUGGUUUGCUGGUCGUCGCAACUGGCUCCCUAGCGUCAACAUGAACAUUGUGUCGCGCAUCCGAGGUCAGAUGUCCAGCGAUCCAGAGUCAGGGUCUGGGUCUGGGACAGAGAGCGGGGAGGAAUCAGGGGAAGAGACGGGCGGCGUCCCGACGCAGCCCGCACUGCCAGGAGCAUCGGGCGACGCGGCAGGGGCAGCAGCAGCAGCAGCAAGCGCGAUGAACGUCGAGACGGCAUCCAUGGCGGAAUCCAUCACGGAUCUGGGCUGCGUGGGUCGCGGACGCGGUUGGCUACCGGGCAUGCCCAGGCUACCCAGCGUGCCCAAAAUGCCCAACGUACCCAAGAUGCCCAAUGUCAACAUGCCGAACUUGUUCUCCCGGUUCCGGGGCCAGUGCGCGGAAGGUACGGCCAACGACCCCGAGAAAGACGAACGCCCGAACAAGAGGGAUCACGUCCUAUAAGCCACAACUCAUCCAAGUGUGUAAAAAAUAUGCAAUAUACUUCAAGGAUAAAACCAAACGCUAGUCACUGAACACAAUGUCUUCAGUUCAAUGAGGGUUGUACACAAUCAUGAAUCCACCCAGAGCUAAAGUGAGAGAAAAUGCGACUUAUUUUCAACAUUGUACUAUUUCACGUACACUCUUGUUUGUGAACAAGACAACUUGAGGAAUACAUGCAACUUAUUCCUUGCAGUGUGGAGACCAUGUAAGUCUGUAACACUGCACAGCUGCCAAUGAGCAGACUGAUGGUCUGGUACCCGAACCUCUUGGACAAGCACGCUGCAAUAUGGAGUGGAACGUUGGAGCAAGGCGGUUUUAGUCAGGUCCCAAUGAGUCGUCAACCUUAUGCAGUAAGUCUGUAGAGUGUGUUUGGUACCCAGACUCGAUUUUUUUUAACGUUCAUGGAGCCAUCUUCGACCGAUUGUGUAAAGGCACUUGACAAGGUCUAUCGGAUAUUUGGCCAGUUUGUAUAAAUCAAAAUUGGUGACUUUGGUCACUAAAUUGUGUGAUAGUGUGAAUACAAUGGGAAAAGACGCAAAUAAAUCUUCACUUUUCAUCAGCAUUAGUGCAGUAAAAUAGUAUGCGAUAACUUGCUUAUGUUCAACAAGCAAAUAAAAUGAAGUCUAAAACCGAAGGAAAAAAA